CGCGGGCGCGCCGGCCUGGCCUGCCCCUCCGAGGAGCCGUAGCGCGGGAGGGAGGCGGCAGCGCAGUGGUCCGUCGGUCCGCCGGUCCGUGGGUCUGCCCGGCCCCGCCCUGCCUCCCGGGGCGGCGCGGCUCCAUGGCCCGCGGCGGCGGCGGGAGGUGGUCCCGGAGCCUCGGGGACCGCUGACCGGGCGGUGGGGCCGGGCCAUGGGGGAAAGAGCCGUCCACAGCUGCUGGAGCUGGGAUCCCUACCCGAGCUGGAGCGGCGCCCCCUGCUGAGCCCCGAGCGCUGCGUGAGAGGAGGGCGCGCGCGGCCCCCCACCCAGGGCCCCGACAUUCCAGACCCGGCCCGGCUAGGGGGCCGCCCGCGCGUCGUCACAGACCCCAGCCCAGGACCCGGUAGAAUACAAACAAGCCCGUGAGUGUCAAGGCGUAUGAGAGGCUGGCAGCCGGAUGCUUGGGCCCAUUGGGCGGGCCAUUGGCCACUUGCGGGAUGAGCAGACUGCUGGGGGGGACGCUGGAGCGGGUCUGCAAGGCUGUGCUCCUUCUCUGCUUGCUGCAUUUCCUUGUGGCUGUCAUCCUCUACUUCGACGUCUACGCCCAGCACCUGGCCUUUUUCAGCCGUUUCAGUACUCGAAGCCCAGCCCAUGCCCUCUACCCUGCAGCCAGCAGCAGUACCAACUGCUCUCGGCCCAACGCCACUGCCGCUAGCUCUGGGCUUCCUGAAGUGCCCAGUGCUAGGCCUGGCCCCACAGCUCCAGUCAUUCCGCCCUGUCCUGACGUGCCGCCUGGUCUUGUGGGCCGAGUGGUCAUCGAAUUCACCUCACCCAUGCCUCUGGAACGGGUGCAGAGGGAGAACCCAGGCGUGCUCCUGGGCGGCCGCUAUUCUCCACCCGAUUGCACCCCAGCCCAAACAGUGGCAGUCAUCAUCCCCUUUAGACACCGGGAGCACCACCUACGCUAUUGGCUCCACUAUCUGCACCCCAUGUUGAGGCGGCAGCGGCUGCGCUACGGUGUCUACGUCAUCAACCAGCAUGGUGAGGAGACCUUCAACCGAGCCAAGCUGCUCAACGUGGGCUUCCUAGAGGCACUGAAAGAGGAUGCUGCCUAUGACUGCUUCAUCUUCAGUGAUGUGGACCUGGUCCCUAUGGAUGACCGCAAUCUGUACCGUUGUGGUGACCAGCCCCGCCACUUUGCCAUUGCCAUGGACAAGUUUGGCUUCCGGUUGCCCUAUGCUAGCUACUUUGGAGGUGUGUCAGGCCUGAGCAAGGCCCAGUUUCUGAGGAUCAAUGGCUUUCCCAAUGAGUACUGGGGCUGGGGCGGCGAGGAUGAUGACAUCUUCAACAGGAUCUCCCUGACUGGGAUGAAGAUCUCACGUCCGGAUGUCCGGAUAGGCCGCUACCGCAUGAUCAAGCACGACCGGGACAAGCAUAAUGAGCCUAACCCUCAGAGGUUUAAUAAGAUUCAAAACACAAAGAUGAGCAUGAAGUGGGACGGCAUCGGAUCCGUGCGGUACCGAGUCCUGGAAGUGUCUCGGCAGCCGCUCUUCACCAACAUCACAGUGGACAUUGGACAGCCCAUGUCAUGGCUCACUCAAGGCUGACCCCGAUGGACCAAGGUCCUCCAUGCCCUUCUGGUAUGGAAGGCUGCCUGCCAGAGGACUGACCUGCAGCCUGGCUGACAGCUGCUCUAGGGGUGUCCCCAAGACUGAGACUGUGAGCUGUUUUCUGAGUCUUACUAGCCAGCUGCAUCUAGACGUUUCAGAACUCACUUGGAGGGCCGUUUGGGCAAGCCCCUCGUAUGGCCCUCUCUGGGGUCAACCCCUCUUCCUGUCCUACCUUUCCCAGCCCAAACCUCCUCACUGUUAGGGUUGGGCCAGCCCCUGCACUGCCUCGCGGAGUGGCCUGGGCUAGGUCACUCCACCUCUCUGUGCCUCAGUUUCCCCACUCCCCCUCGAGUCCCCUAGGGCCUGGAAAGGUGGGAGGUUUGACUAGGGGGCAGUGUCUCUUCCAGGGGGAAUUCUCAGAUCUAGAGACCCCUCAUGCUUCCAGGGGAGGGGAAACCUUUUUCAUUCAACAUUGUAGGGGGCAAGCUUUGGUGAGCCACCUACUGAGGAGCGCCCCCAGGAGGGGACCAGAAGGGGUGCUGUGUUGUUUCCUGGGAUCAUGGGGUUGGCCUUUGCAUGGGGGGACAGAUGGGGCCUGUAUCAGUCAAUGGAUCUGGCCUCCCUCGCCCCAGGGCCUGCUCUGUUUAUAUGUUGCACAGAAACUUGUGUGGGUGCUUUAGUAAAAAACGUUAACGGAG